ACAGUGUAGCUUGGUGCCAGGUUUGACAGAUCGGAGCUGAUCAAAAGUGAACUGGCCUGUGAGCAGAUGUUCAUCCCGCUGAACAUCUGCUCACAGGCCAGCGGCAGCAUCCUCCCGAUGCUCCUGAACACAACACGCGUCCAGUUUAAGGGAGUUGAACUUCUCCUUUAAGACGGAGUCACAUUGAAGAUCGAUCCGUUCCUGCUGCGCAGCGGUCCAUCUUGUGACAGGAGACGUGACACCAGCUGUGACUUGUCAACAUCACAACCAGAGAACCGACGGCGGAGCUCUCCGUGCAGGUCGUCCAGCGAGUGGCUGUAUGAAACACUCACUGUGGACUUUUCUUUACUUUGGACACCUCAUGGUCACAGAGGGGCUCACUGCAGUGGAAAGUUGUGAGAGCGUGCGUGUUGACCUGUCAUGGUUUACAUCACCGGCUCCCCUCACCAUCUUAACGUCCUCCAGGUAUAAAGAUGACCGGGCUCCAGUACCUGGCUUGUCUGGCCACUCUGUUCAUCACACACCCUGGAUUUGUAUGCAGCGACAUUGAGUUCCUGGAGAGGAGCGAGGGUGAAUCGGUGCUUCUUCCCUGCGCGGUGGAGGGCAGCAGCCUUUCUCCCUACGGAGUGUACCUGAAGAGCAGCUGGCUGCGGCCCCGCGAGGUGCUGUUCAUGCACGCGCACAGCGCCUUCAGCGUGGAGCAGGAGGACGACAAGCAGCGCAUCAGAGUCAGCGGAGACCCGAGCGGCCACGCCCUCAACGUGACCAUCGCGCACCUCAGCGCCGGCGACACGGACCGCUACUACUGCGAGUUCAUGGUGGCCAACCCGUCCUCUGUGGACCAGCGGAUACGUGGGAGGACGGAAUUCUUCCUCCUCGUUAAUGCUGGUGUAUUCCCUUUCCCUUUUGGAGAUGCCCCGGUGUCGGCGGACAUAGGGUUGGUAGAGACGUGUUCCGGGGGCUCGGCCGUGCUCCCCUGUUUCCCCCCACACGGGGAGGCCUUGGCCGUGGAGGGGGUGAGUCUGAAGCGGCAGAGGGGCCGGGCGCCUGUGGAGGUGUUGUACCACUCAAAGCGUCACCACGGCAGCGGCCCUCCAUCCUCCUCCUCCUCCCAGUUCCCUGUCGAGAGGGUCCAGCUGUCCUCGGCGCCCGGUCCCGGGGGCCUCACCUACAACCUCACCUUGCUGCAGCUGCAGCCGGACGACAGCGCCCUCUACAGCUGCCAGCUGCUCCUGCGCGGCGAACCCGACGCCAACACCGGCCUCGGGAGGCGUGCGCUCUUUGUGUCCGUGCAAGGAGGUCAGUGCGGAUGCUCCAACUACUCCACUCUGCUCUAUGCUCUGUCCUCAGCUGUGGUCCUCCUCCUCCUCCUCCUCCUCCUCGCAUUUGUGGCGAUCUACAAAGGCAAAGCACGCCGCGGUGUCAAGGCACACCCUCAGGCCCCCAUCUACGAGGAGAUGACCGCGGCACAGCCCGCCGGUCGAAAACUACGUCCCCGGCAUCUGGAGGAAACGGAUUCCUCCGAGUACACAAACUGCCUCGUAAAGAAAUCCUGUCCUGAAAACCAUUACGAGAGCCACAGCGAGGCCCUCGGCGCCAGCAGUGAGGCCCACAAAUGAAAUAUUAAGACUUUGUGCACCGGCAUCGUAGACGACACCAUGCUGAUCAACUCCAGUUGGCCCUCCGACAGAUUGUAGCAGAACGAUUCUGCCUGUGCUGUCUUUCAUCUCGUGUGUAUUGUACUGUUUGAAAGAGUGAGUCUGUAUUUUGACAAAAUCUUUGUAAACCUCGAUUGUUUUUGGGCUAUUUCAGAUGAAUUAAAAGUACCCUGCAGAGUUUUGUAAACCGUGAUCUCUAUAAACCGACAUCGCAGUGCAGAAUGUGUUUCCUUUUGUAAUCGCAGUCGCGUUGACCAGAAACUCCAGUGUAUUAAACAACUGACAAAUCAAAGUACUUUAUGACUGAUGCUAAAAUAAUGGAACAUUUCCAUUAGGAAAUUCCUCUUUAUUGGUUUGCAACCUAAUCAGGGUUUCCCCUGAAUGUAUCUUGAGACAAGGUGGCCAAGAGUGUGUUGCGUUUGCUGCAUACAGUUCACGUGUUCACCUUCAAACAAAUAAAAGAAGAAAGAAAAUCA